ACCAGCUCAGGUGUAGUCGUGGAGGUAUAUACCUAUAGAAUGAUGAUGUGGAGAAAGUCUGCCUUCCACUUUUAUGUCUUGAGUCUUGUCUGUAGUGAGUAUUAUAAGUACGUACCCUCGACUUUGCACGUCUGCACAUUACCUGCUGCUUGGUCAUCAAUCAAUGUGCCACGCAAAUGCCAUAAUAUACAUUUGCCAGGAAUCUGCAGCCGCACCGACAAGACAAGCGUAUCCUCUACUCGUCGCUUCAAACGUACCAUUGUUAUUGAGGACUGCACUUGGCCCGGUCGCUAUGGCUGUGAAAAACUCAAACGGGACGAGAGUGAAAGAACACAAAAAGAGGGAUGACAAUAAAACUGUCAGGGUCGUAUUUAUAUCCUUAUUAUUGGACCUGCUGGCUUUCACAAUGAUAUUACCACUGUUUCCUGCGCUCCUCGAUCACUACGAGCAAAUUGACAACGGCAAAGGCUUGUACUCGAUGAUUUUACAAAAAGUACACACUUUUGGCUCCCUGGUCGAUGCACCCAGCAAUGUUAAUUCAGUAUUAUUUGGAGGAUUUUUGGGAUCCUUGUAUUCUUUUUUACAGUUUCUGGGAUCACCGAUUGUAGGAGCACUGUCUGACGUUUACGGAAGAAAACCACUCAUGAUUUUGUGUCUCACGGGAAUUUCCAUGUCAUACUUACUCUGGGCUUUUUCUAGUAAUUUUGGCCUAUUCAUAUUAGCCAGAGUACUAGGUGGCAUAAGCAAGGGCAACGUUAGUUUAUCCAUGGCAAUAAUAAGCGACGUUACUUUACCCGCAACUAGAGGGAAAUCUAUGGCUUUGGUGGGCGUUGCUUUUUCAGUUGGAUUUGUGCUGGGACCAAUGAUUGGUGCGACUUUUGCAAGAUUAUCCAUUGGGAGCAGGGAAGGCCAUUGGUACGCGUUUCCAGCAAUGUUUGCAUUUUUUUUGUCACUGUGUGAUUGGUUUUACGUUGUCGUCAAUAUGAAGGAAAGUUUGCCUGUACAUCAAAGAGCAAAAUCUCUGCUCCACGGAAUUUCUGGCGCCUUAACUUAUAUAAAUCCAAAAGAUGCGUUUCAAUUUAACAGCGCCACUGGUUUAUCAGUCCUGGAACUUUCCAAACUUCGGAAAUUAGGAAGAAUUUACUUUUUUUAUUUAUUCAUCUACAGUGGACUUGAGUUCACCCUCACCUUUUUGACGCAUUACGCAUUUGGUUUUACAAGAAUGCAACAGGGUUGGAUGUUUUUGGGGAUUGGUGUGACAAUGGCUGUUUUACAGGGCAGUUGGGUAAGGCGAAUACCGGAGCACAAGACAAAAGAAAUGACGGAACUGGGCUUAUGGCUUGUUAUUCCAUCAUUUAUUUGCAUUGGCCUCGCUGAGAACGUAAUAGUUCUAUGUACUGGGAUUUUCUUGUAUGCAGUUUCCACUGCAAUAGUUGUAACGUGUAUAAUGACAUUAGUAACAAGUAUUGGACCAGAAAACCAAAAAGGGGUUAUAACAGGAAUAUUUAGAUCAUUGGGAGCUUUAGCCAGAGCUUGUGGACCAAUUGUUACUUCGAUAGCAUUUUGGAGUCUCGGAAGUUCAACUACAUAUUUAAUCGGAGCAGCUGCCUUAGUCAUUCCGCCACUGAUAUUGAGGAGUAUUACUUGAAGAGCGUACACAGUGCCUUAAGUAAUUUACAAAGUAAUUGAUUCAAACUUAUUUUCAAGUACCUCUAGUUGUUAGAAAUCAUUUUUAUAGUAUUACUGUAAUUUAAAUGGCAAUCGCAGUUAUUUGUUACACAUUUUUAUAUCAAGCAGCAUACAGUUAUACAUUAUUAACUGAAUCACAUCAGUAGACAUAAUUUUUUUUACGAAUUUUGACAAAAUAUUUAAAGCGUUUUUCAAACUUUUUGAAAUCUUUCAAAUAUUUCAGUCGUAAGAGAGAUUAAAUACAAGUAGAAAAAAAAUGCUCUAUUCCAUGAAAUUAUAAUGAAUAACAUUGCCAGAAAACUAUUUCAAGAAGUAAGAAACUGUUCAGUAUUUUACAUGUUGACUCGUAUAAAUUUUAAAAAAUCCUUAACAAAAGCAUUUUUAAUUUUUAUGAAUUUUUAUAUAACUGUUGCUUAAUCUAUAUAAUAGCAUCGUUGUUUUAAUGAAUACAUACGAAAGGCUGCGCACGCUUGGCGGGCAAAACUGGACUUUGGUGUAUUUCAACCAAACGUUUUGGUAUGGAAUUAAUAAAAAAUUGAUAUUACUAAAAGUAUUUACGUUGAUGAGAUUCAU